AUGAGGUUCCUCCUGCCGCUGCUGACGCUCGUGUCAGCCGCCCAGGCGCUGUACUUCUACGUCGACGGUGCGACCUCGAAAUGCUUCUUCGAGGAGCUGCCAAAGGGCACGCUCGUUGUCGGGCACUACUCUGCCGAGGAAUGGGACGACCGCAUGCACGCGUGGCAACAACACAGCGGCAUCAGCAUCUUCAUUUCCGUCGACGAGGUAUUCGACAAUGACCACCGGGUCGUGUCGCAGCGCGGCCAGUCGUCCGGCCGCUUCACCUUCACCGCGCAGGAGGCCGGCGACCACAGAAUCUGCUUCACCACGUCUAGCAGCUCUGGACGUUCCGGCUGGCUCUCGUCGAGCGGCCCCAACGGUGGCAUCAAGCUGCGCCUCGACCUUGCCAUCGGCGACUCCAACCAGAUCGAGAGCAGCGACAAGGGCAAGCUCCAGGACAUUGCCAGCCGCGUCAAGGACCUCAACGCCAGGCUCAACGACAUCCGUAGGGAGCAAGUCUUCCAGAGAGAGCGAGAGGCCGAGUUCCGCGACCAGUCCGAGACGACCAACGCUCGCGUUAUUCGCUGGAUCAUCAUCCAGCUCAUCGUCAUCGGCAUCACCUGCGCAUGGCAGCUCUCCCACCUGCGCUCCUUCUUCAUCAAGCAGAAGCUCACUUAA